GUUGUGUGCAAGAAAAAUAUGUAGAAAAAAAUUAUGUCUGCUUUAUGAAUGGCAUAAAAUCAAAGUGUUGUAUUUAAUGUGGACAAUGACUUUAAAACUAAAGCAAAUGUAAUGAUAAUCAGCUUCUUUAUUUGCUCUGUUUCCACUUUGGCCACGUUUCAACUUGAGCAGAGUUUAUGUAUUGUUAAAAGAGAAAGAGCAAAAAAAAACACCACUAAUAUUUACAAACACUCCAGCUUAAGUUAAACCAACUCCUAGUAAUGAUGUACAGUGUGCUCAGGAAGUCUUUUUGCAAUCUGUUUGGCCACUUGAACAUAUAAAAUUAUACUUUUAGGUGUUACUAUAAUAUUUACUGAUAUUAUUGUGACUGCAACAAAUUGUUUGUAAACAUUAAACAGCUGAUCGAGCGGUCAAUUCGAAAUAAAACCAUUUGCACAUUCGAUAAAGUGUUUAAAAGCUUUUCUUAAAUAAAGUUUCUAAAUUUAACAAUGAAUCCUCCACGAGCUCCUGCUCCUUCGCGGUUUGUACGUGGUCGUGGUAGAGGUGGUGGCGCUUAUCGACCAUAUUUCUAUUUUAAACGAAAUGGACGAACAAUACCAGCACAUGGUCGAGGUGCUAAUAAUACCAACACUAGAGGUAGAGGAGCUGUAGGUCCAGUUAAUCCAACUGCCGCCAACACAAAUUUACCAAAUCGUUUAAAUAAUGUGCCAACACUGUCUGCCAUAAACUCAAGUUUUCUACAAGCUCCGGUCUAUGCAGCACCCGAAGAUAGACAACAAAGAACUCAAUCGUUAGAAAUUGAAGUGCCGCCAACUGUGCCCGGUUGGCGUUUAUAUUUCUAUAAAGAACCCUUUAACGAUACUAGUGAUUUGUUACAACGCGUUAAACAUAUGGAAACCCAUUUUAAGGAUCAUGUUGCCCAUUACGAUUAUUUGAAUAUACAGAAAAAAGGACAUUUUGAAUUAAAGGCGAAUAUAGUAAGUCAGGAUGAGCAUUUAAAGGAAAAUUGGCCAACUUUAAUGCAGGAAUUGUCAAGCAGUCCUUUAAAAACAUUAGCCAUUGUAGGACUUGCCAUGCAUUCCUUAGCCACUUCUGCUGCCAUAGAUGAGUCUUUAAGUCAACCUGCCUGCACUGAACUGAGAUAUGUUCCAAAAGUUUUAAGACCACGUAAGAUUUAUGUACGACCAACCGGUUUCAUAGCUGAGGGAGGUAUAGCUUGUAUAAGUUCAUUGGAAAUUGAUCAAUUGUAUUGCGUACGUGGUAGGGUAAGGGAAAUUGGUCCAGUGGAUGCUGCUGCCUCUUGGGUGGCUUAUAAAUGUACACGUUGCCGGCAGGAGCAAGCAUUGAAACAGACAGGCUACCAUCCAUCCCGUCCCAAUAGCUGCAAACGUCAAAGCUGCCUGGCGAAACAAGGUUUCAUCGAGUUACGUUCCUCCCCUUUUACCCAUAUAACUCCAAAACAAACAAUUCGUUUAACCGAAGCACGUUUGGAUGUUAUCUAUGAUUUAGAACAAGAUAGCAAUAAUUACAUUGAUGUAGAACUCAAAUACGAUUUAGUGGAUACAAUAUAUCUAGGUCAGGAAAUUAUUGUUACAGGAGCUUUGAAAAUAAGACCCCUACAAGAUGAACAAAAAUAUGACCAACCUUCCACAUCCAAAGGUAGCAUGGAAAUAUAUCUUCAGGCCGUUUCAAUAGUAGAUGCCAAAUAUAGUAAAUAUAAAUUUACCGAAAAAGAUUUAGAGGCAAUAACUAUGAUCAAUGGUGAGGAGGAUAGUUUUAAAUUGUUGGUACAUUCUUUGGCUCCCGAAGUUCAUGGGCAUGAACUUAUUAAAGCAGGAGCUUUAUUAUCUCUAAUAGGAGGUGCUGGUUCACAGGUUCAUGAUGAAGAAGAAAUUAAUAUUUUGUUAGUAGGAGAUCCGGGAGUUGGUAAAAGUAACAUUGCUUAUCAGUGUAGUAAAAUUUCACAAAAGGGCUGCUUAGUACAGGCCAAACGCGGCAAUACAACCACUACAUCAAAACUUACUCAUUCCCUAAAAGGACGUACUAAAUUAACGCUAGAAUCAGGAGCAUUAUUCAGUUCAACAAAUGGUCACUGUUCGAUAGAUGACGUAGAUCGUCUCGCUAGCCAACAGGAAUGUCUAAUGAAUGUUUUACAAUCAAAACUUUCUUGUUUGGCAAUUUCAUCUCUAUGUACAACUAUGCAUACACCCACCUCGGUUAUAGGUACAGCCAAUACGGUUAGUGGUCAUUAUGAUCAUUCAAAAUUGUUAACAGAAAAUAUACGCAUAAAUCCUUCACUACUAAGUGAAUUUCAUUUGGUAUUUUUAAUGUUGGACAAACCGAAUAAAGAAAUGGAUAAAUCUCUAACCGAGCAUGUAAGAGCUUUACAUGCUGGCAGUAAAAGGAACACCAUCAUAGCAAAUAAAUUCGAACAAAAACCUAAAACUAAUAAUUCCAUGAAUAUGACUGUAGAUGAUGAUAAAAUGGAUAUUGAUGAGGAUUAUAAUAUAGCUUUAAGAUUAAAAUUAAAUCCUAUAGAAGAAUUAGAUAUGGACUUAUUGCCGACUAUAUUAUUGAAAAAGUUUAUAGCCUACUCCCGUCAACAAGUCAAACCUUUAUUUAUACCCGAAUCAGCUGAGGCUUUAAAAAAGUUUUAUCUAGAACUAAGACAACAAUCUGCUAACUCCACCAUGCCUAUCUCAUCAGGUCAUUUAGCUGGUCUAAUGCGUUUAUGUCAAGCUCGAGCUCGCAUUGAUUUCUCUAGUGAAGUUACCAUAGCCCAUGUACGUGAUAUCAUAUCCAUGGUAAGACAAAGUAAUGCUGAUAUGGCUGUAGGAGAUUAUGUUGAUACUAAUCCAGCCAGUGCUCUAACCUCAGGUAGGAUCGGUGGUGGUGGUGGCAGUGGUAGUCAAGCAAAUUUACGUAGAUUUAUACAAAUGUUACAAAUGCGUUCCAGUGCUUUAGCACGACGCAUAUUUGACUUUGAUGAAUUGAAAGAUAUGGCCCGUCGAGUGGGUAUACAUUGUGGUGUAACAAAUUUAAUAGAUAUAGUUAAUUUACAGGGUAUUUUGUUGAAAAAAGGACCUAAUAUGUAUGAAGUUAUGAUGGAUUAAUUAAAAACACAACAAAUUGUUUUUUUCUUUAUUUAUUAAUUUAUUAUUUUUUUUUUAUUUAUUAAUUUUUUUUCUUUACUAUUUAGUUUUCUUGUAAGUAUCCAUUUAUCCAAGUGUUGGUUGUUUUUUUUUUCUUUAUUUUGUUGAAGUUUAUCUAAAACUUAUGUAUUAAAUAUGAAUUAAUAUAUAGUUUUUAAUUAAAUUUAAAUUUAUUUAAUAAUAAUAUUUAUGAA